UCCCUUGGCCCAGCUUGCUCAGGGUUGGUAUUUAAUUCCGUCGGUUUCCUGUUCCGGAGGCGCGGCGGUCACACCGCCUUGGCGGCUGCAGUGUAACAGUGGCAUUUAUCAGACGGCGACCCUGCGGCCCGAGAGCCUUUUGUAGGUAAAAGGGGUGCCUUGUGGGUGUUGGAAGAGGGCGUGUUUCUGAGUGUCCAGAUUAAAACGGGGCCAGAGUCCCCGGCUGGGGAAGAAAGGCGCCUGGAAGUUGGGGUCUGACAGCACCUCUUUAGGUGUGUAGUGAGGGCCACAAAGCAACCCGAGGCCCGGAUCUCACAUAUGAAUGGAAGUGAACUAUGAGAGCUUUCAUUCAUUUAUGGACCGCAGGCUGUGGGCCAGGCCUGGGGUCGCCCGGGUCUUGGCGGGGAGCGGGACUUGAGCCCCGCGCUUUGCCUCUUGGGGUUCCCAGUCUGGCGGGAGAUUGCAAAUAGGGAAACUCGAGUUACCGAGCAGCGGGGUGAAAAUGACCAGCCUGAUGGUUCAGCUGGGAAACAGAAAUUUCUUAAGGAAAUAUAGUCACCCUUUGCAACUUUUUUUUUUUUUAAUCUAGAGUAAUGUUCUUAGACGUGUUAACUAUUCAAAACACCUCCCUCAGUUCCCUGCUUGCGAACAGCAACCCAAGAGUAGGCAGAUGCAGAAAAUAUUGACUUUUCCACUUGCAGGGAAUUCCUUGACUUUUGAGUUAAUAUUUGCACAGGACUGGACAGUGUUUCGUUCUGUUGUACAUACAGUCGCUAUGAUUCGGAACCGACUUGACUGCACCUAACAACAACAGUAAAGAAUGUCUGCACCUCCAGUGCUGCAUCGGUUUGUUCAAACAUCUCAGUUAAUUCCUGGAGCCAUGUUUUUUGCCAGUGCCUUCAGUGCAGUUUGGACCUUUUCCUUCGGUACUGUUAGUUCUUGAUCAUGUGCUACCUCCCGAAAUGGUUGAACAUUUCCUUUUGGUACAGUGACUUGUAUUCCUUCUGUUUUCUUUUGAUACUUCCUGUGUUGUUCAUUUUUUCGCUAGAAUCCUUCAGUACUGCAACUCGAGACUUGAAUUUUUCUUCAGUUCUUUCAGCUUGAGAAAUGCCAAUCAUGUUCUUUCUUUUUGGUUUUCUAACUCCAAGUCUUUGGGUAUUUCAUUAUACUUUAUUUUGUGUUUCCAGCUGCCCUUUGAAACCUGUUCAGCUCUUUUAUGUCAUCAUUUCUUCAGUUUCAGAGUCUCUUUUAACAUCCAUUUUGGUCUUUUCUUUCUUUCCUGUCUUUUUAAUAACCUUUUGUUUUCUUCAUGUUCGAUGUCCUUGUCAUCCCACAAUUCGUCUGGUCUUCGGUCAUGAGUGUUCAGUGUGUCAAAUCUACUCUGGACAUGGUCUCUAAAUUCAGGUGGGAUAUACCGCAGGUCAUAUUUUGGCUCUCAUGGACUUGUUUUAAUUUUCUUCAGCUUCAGCUUCUAUUUGUAGAUGAGCAAUUGAUGUGUUCCGCCUUCUUCUGACUCAUGAUAUUGAGCUUUUCCAUCGUCUCUUUCCAUAGAUGUAGUUGAGUUGAUUCCUCUGCAUUCCACCCAGCAAGCUCCAGUAUAGUUGCUGUUUAUGUUGUUUAAAAAAGGUACUUGCAAUAAAGUUGUUGGUCUUAAAAAAUUCUAUCAUGUGAUCUCUGGUGUUGUUUCUAUCACCUAGGCUAUGUUUUCCAACUACCAAUUCUUAUUGUCCAACUUUCACAUUCCAGUCACCUGUAAUUAUCAGUGUAUCUUGAUUGCAUGUUUGAUCAAUUUCAGACUGCAAAAGUUGGUAAAAAUCUUCAAUUUCUUCAUCUCUGGCCUUAGUGGUUGGUGUGUAAAUUUGAAUAAUAGUCGUAUUAACUGAUCUUCCUUGUAGGCAUGUGGAUAUCUUCCUAUCACUGACAGCGUUGUACUUUAGGGUACAUCUUGAAAUAUUCUGUUUGAUGAUAAAUGCGACACUAUUCUUCUUCAAGUUGUCAUUCCUGGCAUGGUAAUGCAUAUGAUUAUUCAGAUCAAAAUGGCCAAUAUCAGUCAAUUUCAGCUCGGGAAUGCCUAUGAUAUUGAUCUUUGUGUGUUCCAAUUAAUUUUUGAUGACUUACAAUUUUCUUAGAUUCAUACUUUGUAAAUUCCACAUUCUGAUUAUUAUUGGAUAUUUGCAGCUGUUUCUUCUCAUUUUGAGAUAUGCCACAUCGGCAAAUGAAGGUCCCAGAAGUUUUACUCCCAUCCCUGUCAUUAAGGGCGAUUCUACUUUGAGUGGCAGCUCUUCCCCAGUUGUGUUUUGAGUGCCUUCCAACCUCAGGGGUUCAUCUUCUGGCAUUGUAUCAGACAGUGUUCCGCUACUGUUCAUAAGGUUUUUACUGGCCAGUCUUUUCAGAAGUAGAUUGUAAGAUCCUUCUUCCUAUCUUUCUUAGUUUGGAAGUUCUGCUGAAACUUGUCCACCAUGGGUGACCCUGCUGGUAUUUGAAACACUGGUGGCAUAGCUUCCAGCAUCACAGCAACAUGCAAGCCACUACGGUACAACAAGCUGACAGAUGAGUGACGGUGGCAGUUUGUAGCACACUUAUAUGUGUGUUUUAUUCUUUUUGUCCCUUAGAGUUUAUAUCACUGUGGAAGAUGUGAAUAUCCAGGCAGUACAUCAUGAUGCAAGGCAAUACAUGGUGAGUAAUGGCAGUAGCUUGAAAGAAUGCAGAGAGGAGCAAACGCUGGAGCUGAGCCAUAGUAGGUUGAAUGGAUUUGAACAUGUGCGGAGCAAGGGAAAUGUGUUCAUUCUUUCAGCAAUGGGCCAUGUACAUGGCUAGGAACCCAACCAGACUAGUUAAUGAGAUAUCCUGGAUCCCUGCCCUGACAGGACUUGCAGUCCUGAGGUGCAGCCUGACUUUAAAGAUAGAAUUACAUAAUUAGUUGGUAGAUUCCAUUAUUGUAGGAAUUCUGAGAAGAAGUAGAGUAUCUUGAGAGCAGGGAAGGCCUUGAGGGCAUUGAUGGUAGUUGUGGAAAGGCCAGCAAAGAUGUUAUUGUAGUAGCCAGAUAAGAGAUGGUGGUGUGAAAUGAAUGAAUUCAAAAAAUACUUACGAAGGAGAAAAAAAACAGGAAUUUAAAAAUAAUUAACUAAAGAAGGUAAGGGAGGAAGAGUUGUCAGUUGUAUGACUUGAGGACCUGGGUGAAACAUGGUAUCAUUCAUUGAGAUAGGUAAAGUAGAAAAGGAACAAGUGUUGUCUUGGAGGGGAAGGUCAUUCCUUUCAGGAUAUGUUAGGUUGAAUUUGGGAGUUGGUGAGACAUUGAAGGAGAGGUCUAGUAGCAGUUGCCAACGUGGAUCUGGAGCUUAAAAACUGACAGGUAGAGAUGUCACUUCGGGGAGUUACUGACAGAUGGGUGGCAAUUGAAGCAACUCAAGUGGAUAGGGUCACCCUGCGUGAGAGAGUGAGCUUAGUGCCUAGGCUGGACCCCUGAGGAGUACCAAAUGUUUGAAGGCCCCAUAUCAGUUGGAGGAGCUGGCAUAGGAUACUGCCAGGAGAAACAGCCAGAGAAAUAGAGGACACGGGAUGGUAUUUCAUCAGGAAGUCAAAGAAGAGUGCUCAAGAGAGAAGGGUCGGUUGGACAGAAUGCUGGGUGAGGCAAAUGGUUCAGCACUCAACUACUGAAAGGUUGGUGGUUCAAACUGACCCAGAGGUGCCUCAGAAGACAGGCUGGUGAUCUGCUUCCGAAAGGUCACAGCCUUAGAAACCCUGCGGAGCAAUUCUACAGUGAACACGUGGAGUUGCCGUGAGUCAGAAUCUAAUUGGUAGCAACUAACAACAGGUUUGUAGAAUUGGUAAAGCAAGUUGAGAGAGUUCUUUUCUGAUGGUUUUUGUGUUUGCCGUUUGACAGGAGACAAGAUUAUUUGUUGAAAGUGAAAAGGGAACAGGAUCUUGAGAAGGGUGCUGAAGCCAUAGGAUGUCAUUCCACCCAGGACGAGGGUGUCCCAGAGGGCGAGGAGGACAUGGAGCCAGACCCUCAGCGCCCGCCUUCAGGCCGCAAAAUCUGAGACUGCUUCACCCUCAGCAGCCUCCUGUGCAAUAUCAAUAUGAACCGCCAAGUGCUCCCUCCACCACUUUCUCAAACUCUCCAGCCCCCAAUUUCCUGCCUCCACGCCCAGACUUCGUACCCUUCCCCCCGCCCAUUCCUCCAUCAGCGCAAGGCCCUCUUCCUCCCUGCCCAAUCAGGCCCCCGUUCCCCAACCACCAGAUGAGGCACCCUUUCCCCGUGCCUCCCUGCUUUCCUCCCAUGCCGCCCCCGAUGCCCUGUCCCAAUAACGCCCCCGUCCCUGGAGCACCUCCUGGACAAAACACUUUCCCCUUCAUGAUGCCACCUCCUUCCAUGCCUCACCCUCCACCCCCGCCAGUCAUGCCACAACAGGUUAAUUAUCAGUACCCUCCAGGAUACUCACACCACAAUUUCCCACCUCCCAGUUUCAAUAGUUUCCAGAACAACACCAGUUCUUUCCCCCCCAGUGCUAGUAACAGCAAUAGCCCUCAUUUUAGGCAUCUCCCUCCAUACCCCCUAACAAAGGCCCCCAGUGAGAGAAGGUCCCCAGAAAGGCUCAAGCACUACGACGAUCACAGGCACCGAGACCACAGUCACGGGCGCGGCGAGAGGCAUCGGUCGCUGGAUCGGCGGGAGCGAGGCCGCAGUCCUGACAGGAGAAGACAAGACAGCCGCUACAGGUCAGACUACGACCGAGGAAGAACGCCCUCUCGCCACCGAAGCUAUGAGCGGAGCAGAGAGCGGGAACGGGAGAGACACAGGCACCGGGACAGCCGAAGGUCACCAUCCUUGGAAAGACCCUACAAAAAAGAGUAUAAGAGAUCUGGAAGGAGUUAUGGUUUACCAGUUGUUCCUGACCCUGGAUGCGCACCAGAAUUACCUGGGGAGAUUCCUAAAAAUAUAGAUUCUUGGGCCCCAUCCCCGGAGACUAUGAAUCAUCGUUCCCCAAGUAGGGAGAAGAAGAGAACUCGCUGGGAGGAUGAAAAAGACAAAUGGAGUGAUAGCCAGAGCUCUGGCAAAGAGAAGACCUAUACCUCCAUCAAGGAGAAAGAGCCAGAGGAGCCACUGCCUGACAAAAAUGAGGAGGAGGACGAAGAACUCCUUAAACCUGUGUGGAUUCGAUGUACCCAUUCAGAAAACUACUACUCCAGUGACCCCAUGGAUCAGGUGGGGGAUUCCACUGUAGUUGGAACAAGUAGGCUCCGGGACUUAUAUGACAAAUUUGAAGAGGAGUUGGGGAGCAGGCAAGAAAAGGCCAAAGCAGCCAGACCGCCAUGGGAGCCUCCCAAGACGAAGCUGGAUGAAGAUUUAGAGAGUUCCAGUGAAUCGGAAUGUGAGUCCGACGAGGACAGCACCUGUUCUAGCAGCUCAGACUCUGAAGUUUUUGACGUCAUUGCAGAAAUCAAACGCAAAAAGGCCCACCCUGACAGACUCCACGAUGAACUUUGGUACAACGACCCAGGCCAGAUGAAUGACGGACCACUCUGCAAAUGCAGCGCGAAAGCCCGGCGCACAGGAAUUAGGCACAGCAUUUACCCCGGAGAAGAGGCCAUCAAACCCUGUCGUCCUAUGACCAACAAUGCUGGUAGACUUUUCCACUAUCGGAUUACAGUCUCCCCUCCCACAAACUUUUUAACCGACAGGCCUACUGUUAUAGAGUAUGAUGAUCAUGAGUAUAUCUUUGAAGGGUUUUCUAUGUUUGCACAUGCGCCCCUGACCAAUAUUCCACUGUGUAAAGUAAUUAGAUUCAACAUAGACUACACCAUUCAUUUCAUUGAAGAGAUGAUGCCUGAGAAUUUUUGUGUGAGAGGACUUGAGCUCUUUUCAUUGUUUCUAUUCAGAGAUAUUUUGGAAUUGUAUGACUGGAAUCUUAAAGGUCCUUUGUUUGAAGACAGUCCUCCCUGCUGCCCAAGAUUUCAUUUCAUGCCACGUUUUGUAAGAUUUCUUCCAGAUGGAGGCAAGGAGGUGCUGUCCAUGCACCAGAUUCUUCUUUACCUACUGCGGUGCAGCAAAGCCCUGGUCCCGGAGGAGGAGAUCGCCAACAUGCUUCAGUGGGAAGAGCUGGAGUGGCAGAAGUACGCAGAGGAGUGCAAAGGCAUGAUCGUUACCAACCCCGGAACGAAACCAAGCUCUGUCCGCAUUGAUCAACUGGAUCGUGAACAGUUCAACCCCGAUGUGAUUACUUUUCCAAUAAUCGUUCACUUUGGGAUACGCCCUGCACAGUUGAGUUAUGCAGGAGACCCACAGUACCAGAAGUUGUGGAAGAGUUACGUAAAGCUUCGACACCUCCUGGCAAAUAGUCCCAAAGUUAAACAAACUGACAAACAGAAGCUGGCCCAGAGGGAGGAAGCACUCCAAAAAAUACGGCAGAAGAAUACAAUGAGGAGAGAAGUAACAGUGGAGCUAAGUAGCCAAGGAUUCUGGAAAACUGGCAUCCGUUCCGAUGUCUGUCAGCAUGCAAUGAUGUUGCCUGUUUUGACCCAUCAUAUCCGCUAUCAUCAGUGCCUAAUGCAUCUGGACAAGUUGAUAGGAUAUACUUUCCAAGAUCGUUGUCUGUUACAGCUGGCCAUGACUCACCCGAGCCAUCACUUAAAUUUUGGGAUGAAUCCUGAUCACGCCAGGAAUUCUUUGUCUAACUGUGGGAUCCGGCAGCCCAAAUAUGGAGACAGAAAGGUUCAUCACAUGCACAUGCGGAAAAAAGGAAUUAACACCUUAAUAAAUAUUAUGUCACGCCUUGGCCAAGAUGACCCAACUCCUUCAAGGAUUAACCACAAUGAACGGUUGGAGUUCCUGGGUGAUGCUGUUGUUGAAUUUCUGACCAGUGUCCAUUUGUACUAUUUGUUUCCUAGCCUGGAGGAAGGAGGAUUAGCAACCUAUCGGACUGCCAUCGUCCAGAAUCAACACCUUGCCAUGCUAGCAAAGAAACUUGAACUGGACCGAUUUAUGCUUUAUGCUCACGGACCUGACCUUUGUAGAGAAUCAGACCUCCGACAUGCAAUGGCUAAUUGUUUUGAAGCCUUGAUAGGAGCUGUUUACUUGGAGGGAAGCCUGGAGGAAGCCAAGCAGUUAUUUGGACGCUUACUCUUUAAUGAUCCGUACUCUCGAGUGUGUGAAAUGGCUCCCUCCGGCAUUAAGGGCAUCUCCAUUUUCCAGGACCUGCGAGAAGUCUGGCUCAAUUACCCUCUCCACCCACUCCAACUACAAGAACCAAAUACUGAUCGACAACUUAUUGAGACUUCUCCAGUUCUACAGAAACUUACUGAGUUUGAAGAAGCAAUUGGAGUAAUUUUUACUCACGUUCGACUUCUGGCACGAGCAUUCACAUUGAGAACUGUAGGAUUUAACCAUCUGACCCUAGGGCACAAUCAGAGGAUGGAAUUCCUAGGUGAUUCCAUAAUGCAACUGGUCGCUACAGAGUACUUGUUCAUUCAUUUCCCAGACCACCAUGAGGGGCACUUAACUUUGUUGCGAAGCUCUUUGGUGAAUAACAGGACCCAAGCCAAGGUAGCGGAGGAACUUGGCAUGCAGGAAUACGCCAUAACCAACGACAAAACCAAGAGGCCUGUGGCCCUGAGGACCAAGACCUUGGCGGACCUUUUGGAGUCAUUUAUUGCAGCACUGUACAUUGAUAAGGAUUUGGAGUAUGUUCAUACUUUCAUGAAUGUCUGUUUCUUUCCACGAUUAAAAGAGUUCAUUUUGAAUCAGGAUUGGAAUGACCCCAAAUCCCAGCUUCAGCAGUGUUGUUUGACACUUAGGACAGAAGGAAAAGAGCCAGACAUUCCUCUGUACAAGACUCUGCAGACAGUGGGGCCAUCCCAUGCCAGAACCUACACUGUGGCUGUUUAUUUCAAGGGAGAAAGAAUAGGCUGUGGGAAAGGACCAAGUAUUCAGCAAGCGGAGAUGGGAGCAGCAAUGGAUGCACUUGAAAAAUAUAACUUUCCCCAGAUGGCCCAUCAGAAGCGGUUCAUCGAACGAAAAUACAGACAAGAGUUAAAAGAAAUGAGGUGGGAAAGAGAACAUCAAGAGAGAGAACCAGAUGAGACUGAAGACAUAAAGAAAUAAAGAAGGCCAUGGAAGUGGCGACGUAUUUACUUGCUUAAUAACUGUGACUGUUGCCUGUUGAGACCUAGCCUAGUUUUCCUACAGACGGUGAAUGAAGUGUGCCCGUUGAAAUAAAACAC